UCUUUCUCACAAUCGUAAUAGUGGUUCCGAGAAGAACGGACGUACAUUGCGUGUGCUCCCAACAAACGACGCGAAUCUACGCAAAGCCAGGCACAACAGAUUGUUGUCAGUGUGUGUUAGUGUAUGUUUGUGUGUGAUUUCGACGAUUACCACUUGUAAUAAAGUGCUAGAAACUAUUUUUUGCGGGGCCUAACACCAAACGAAGGCAAAUCAACAACAACAUUCCGGUGGCAAAAUGGCGCUCAACUGUGGACAUUCGACGAUAAAGUAUCUGCUUUUCAUCUUUAACCUCCUGUGCUCGCUCUGCGGCAUUGCGCUGAUCGUGAUCGGUGCCGUUUCGCUGGUGAAGCUCGAGGAGCUGCGCGAGAUCAGCGAUGAGUACAACAUCGUCGCCCCGUCCAUCCUGCUGAUCGUGUUCGGCUCGGUCGUGUUUGUCAUCUCGUUCUUCGGCUGCUGCGGUGCUAUUCGCGAAUCCUACUGCAUGACCUCGACCUACAGCUUCUUCCUGAUUCUGCUCGUGAUCGCUCAGAUUGUGAUUGCGGUGCUGGUGUUUGUGUUCGUCGGUGAUGUGACCACCGCCAUCAAGAAGGGCUUCGAGCGUGUGUUUGAGAACCGUGACAACCCGGUCAAUGCCGAUCUGGUCAACUCCAUCCAGCAGAACCUGCAAUGCUGUGGCAAGCGUAGCUUCCUGGACUAUGGCAUCGCCAGCUUCCCGCAGUCGUGCUGCAGCAGCGGCGGAAACGCUCCGCUGUGCGUGCCGUUUGCCAGCGGCUGCCUGAGCCGGCUGUCCGAGUUCCUGGACAGUGCCGGUAACAUUGUCGCCUGGGUGUCGCUCGGUGUCGCCGCCGUCGAGCUGGUCGGUCUGAUCUCGGCCUGCUGUCUGGCCAACGCCAUCCGCAACCAGCAGAGAAGAUACAGCUAAAAAGUGUGCGCUACUAUACGCUUUUUAGUAGUUCGGUGGGUGGUGUCGUCGUCGUCGUCGUCAGCGUCGUUAGCGUCGUCGUCCGCAGGUUUGAAUGUUUGCCAGUUAGGAGUGGGCGAAAAAAGAGAGAGAGAAAGAGAGAGAGAGAUAGAGAGAGAAACGAAACUUACACAAAAAUAGUAGUUAUAGCGCAUAAGAAGGGUACGCUUUGGAAGGCACACCAGGAAGAGAGAGAGAGAGAGAGCGCUGAAGCGCGGGUCGAUUUUUGUUGUUAUGUGUGGUUGUGUCUAUGUGUGUGUAUGCAUUAUUUCGUGUUCGUUGUGUGGAAUGUUUGCGGCGAUAAAAAAUGUACAAUACGCAACAAUCUGCAACAUCCUAAACGAAGCUGUAUGAUACGCCGGAAAAUGCGCAACAAUUCACGCCGAAAGGACAAAUCCGCGGCUGUGCGCGUGAGCAGAAAAAAAUGUAACAGAACAGAACAAAACGUACAACACCACAAGUGCCGACCGCCGAAAUCGUUGCGUUAUCCACAUCAACCCAUACACCAUUUGUCUACGGUGAGAGAGAGAGCGAGAGGAGGAUCAGCCAUCUGAUCGUUCGGAAGUGUACGCAACUGGACGAGCGCGCACAAACCACGUGCUCGCUAAAAUUCAACCGGUCAACUGCUACGCCUACUAUGUGUGUACACGUUGCUUGUCGUUUUGCAUUGCGCUUUCUUCUGUUCAGUUCUAGUGUGCAGCCAGGACAUACCAUCACAGAAGAGAGCAGGGCUUUUUCGCUAUUAAUGCUACUAUUUACUGUAAAGGAGUAUAUUUAUCCAUUCGGCUUAAUCUUUUUUCUUGUUUUGUAUUGGCUAAAAGGAGAAACAUCCUUUUGCAAGCCUCAUCCAUUCUGUCCAUUUUCUCAUUCUUUCUUUCCGAUCUUCGAAUAUUCCCGAGUGUGUGCGUGUAUUUGAUGUUCGCUAUUUUUUUGUUUUGGAAAGGAAGAAACACUCGAUGUAGCAUUUAAGGUAAUCAAAAUGAAAACACCUUUACUCGAACGAAUUGAAAAGCGAAGCAAAAUGAAGUUUAAAUUUUACGUUUGAAUAUUCGCACACA